AAAAAAAACUCCAUGGAACUUAUAAACUUGUAGCAUGAUCGAAGCCUCGAAAUCAUUGGUACAUUUAACAAUUGUUUUAAAUGCACUUGUUCUAGAUGUUGCAUACUACUUAGAACAACAUAGUCAGCAGCUAGGAAUAGUAUAUAGCAUCAUAGUAAGCAGUUAAGGAUAGUAGCCUCGAAAUCAUUGGUACAUUUAACAAUUGUUUUAAAUGCACUUGUUCUAGAUGUUGCCUACUACUUAAAACAACAAAGUCAGCAGCUAGGAAUAGUAUAUAGCAUCAUAGUAAGCAGUUAAGGAUAGUAGCAUCAUAGUCAGCAGCUAGGGGUAGUAGCAUCAUAUUCAGUAGUCAGGGGUAGUAGCAUCAUAGUCAGGAGCUAGGGGUAAUAACAUCUUAGUCAGCAGCUAGGGGUAGUAACAUCAUAGUCAGAAGCUAGGGGUAGUAGAAUCAUAGUCAGCAGCUAGGGGUAGUAGAAUCAUAGUCAGCAGCUAGGAGUAGUAGAAUCAUAGUCAGCAGCUAGGGGUAGUAACAUCAUAGUCAGGAGCUAGGGGUAAUAACAUCUUAGUCAGCAGCUAGGGGUAGUAACAUCAUAGUCAGAAGCUAGGGGUAGUAGCAUCUUAGUCAGCAGCUAGGGAUAGUAUAUAGUAUCAUAGUCAGCAGCUAGGGGUGGUAGCAUUAUAAUAAGCAGUUAGGGAUAGAAGAAUCAUAGUCAGCAGCUAGGGGUAGUCACAUCAUAGUCAGCAGCUAGGGGAAGUAGCAUAAUAGUCAGAAGCUAGGGGUAGUAGCAUCAUGGUCAGCAGCUAGGGAUAGUAGCAUCAUAUUCAGCGGCUAGGGGUAGUAGCAUCAUAGUCAGCAGCAAGGGAUAGUAGGAUCAUAGUCAGAGGCUAAGGGUAGUAGCAUCAAAUUCAUAGUCAGCAGUUAGGGGUAGUAGCAUCAUAUUCAUAGUCAGCAGCUAGGGGUAGUAGCAUCUUAGUCAGCAGCUAGGGGUAGUAGCAUCAUAUUCAUAGUCAGCAGCUAGGGGUAGUAGCAUCAUAGUCAUCAGCUACGGGUGCAUCUAAAUCUGGAAAACAUGAUUUUUUUCAAAAAUAACGAGAACAUUUGUGGGAAAAGUAUCAAUAUAAUUUUUUAUUUAUUGAACUUUGGAAAUACAAAUAUGGAGGGAGUUCAAGUAAAUUAUUUAGAGGAUAAAGGGUUGACUGCGAUUAUUAUCAUUAAUAUUCCUAGUGUUAAUUGCUAGUUUGACCUUCAUACAAAUCACAAAAAAAUCAUUUUAAAAUUAAAGGCAUGACUCCCACCCCAUCCAACAUACAACCAGACAGAAAACCAGAGAUUACUAUUUAAUAUAGAGACAAUGGAAGGAGGAGGGGGAUCAAACUAUAAAUAAAUAUUUUGGCAUUAUCUCUUGUUUUUGUUUUGAUUUGUUUGAUAUUUAAAUCUAAUAUCUAUUUUAAUUUUGCAGAUGUUCUACAAAUAUUGAAUGGAAAUGAAUAACGCCAUAUUAAUCUUCAUCAGCUGUGCAGCUGCUCUAGUUUCAAUGAUUAACCUGAUUUAUGUGAAGAAGGAAAAUAUCUCUAUAGCAGGAAACCUUAUGUUAGAGAGGGGAGCAAAAGAGGAAAUUGAGAAUUUAAUGUCUGAAUGCGGAACAAAAGCUGCAAAUUUAGAAUAUGAGGUUAAGACUAAGUCUGAUGAGGUUGAAAAAUUGAAUGCUAAGAUAAAAGAAUAUGCUGCACAAUUACAGAAUACAACGGCUGCACAGGCAAACUGUGCUACUAAAAUUCAAAAGCUUGAAGCUCAGGUUAAAACUUUAAUGGGCCCAGUAAAUGCUGCCGAGAAGACUAAUGCUGAUCCUGCUGCCGCCAAAUCUGCUGAAGCUGCUGUAGCUGAUGCCAAAGCCAAAGAAGCAGAUGCUGCUGCCGGUGAAGCAGCUAAAGCUGAAGCUGCUAAAGCCAAAGCUGUUAAAGCCGAAGCCGAUAAAGCUGAAGCUGAUAAAGUUGAAGUUGCUAAAGCCAAAGCUGCCACCACUGAAGCUGCUAAAGCCGAAGCUGCCGCCGCCGAAGCUGCUAAAGCCGAAACUGCCGCCGCCGAAGCUGCUAAAGCUGAAACUGCCGCUGACGAAGCUACUAAAGCCGAAGCUGCUGUAGCCGAAGCUGCCGUAGCAGAAGUUGCUAAAGCCGAAGCUGCUAAAACCAAAGCUGCCGCCGCCGAAGCUGCAGAAGCCCCUCAAGCAUAAUUAGAUUCAGAAGCUCUGAAGGAAAAAUAAGACUGUAUAAAUCAUCAAAGUACUAAAAUAGCAAAUUUGUAUUUGAAUAAUUGUAAAGUAAGCUCAACUAAAUUAUUGAAGUUUUGUUCAAUUUAUAAAACAAAAACACCUGGGACUAUUUCUGAAUUCUUAAGAUUUUAAUAAAAUCCUUAAAUCAUUUCAGAAUUCCUUCAAUGUUACGAAAAUCCUUAAAAAUGUUCAGAAUUUUGACCAUAGCAGUUUUACGAAUUUAAAUACUUUAAACUUUGAAAUAGAAUGAUCACAACUCCUUGAAAUAGAAUGAUCACAACUCCUUGAAAUAGAAUGAUCACAACUACUUGAAAUAUUUGAGCAUUUUUAUUUAUUACAAAAACCCUUGAAAUAUAGUAAGAUUACAAGAAAAUCUUUGAAAUAUAUUAAGAUUAAUCUUUGAAAUAAUAAGAAAAUCCAUGGAACUUUUAAACUUGUAGCAUGAUCAAAAAUCCUUGAAAUAUUUGUUACAUUUAACAAUUGUUUUAAAUACACUUGUUCUAGAUGUAUAAACUACUUAAAACAACUGGCUCUAACCCUCAUUUAGCAAUAUUCAACAGUUUAAAACAUUGUUCUACAUAUAUUUUCAUGUAUAUUUAAGAAACUACCUCACUUCUCUGUAUGAACGUUUAAAAUGUUAAAAGGGACAAAUAAAAUAAAAAAAACCA